CCAUCUCCUCUCUCAGGACACAGCUGAGCUUCGGAGGCUGUGGAGGUUGUUUUGUGGGCUGAUCAAGUGGAAAAGCCACGAACUGGAUCUCAGAUUCAAAGGAAUAACAGAACUGUGGGCUUGAAGAUCACCCAAGGGCUGUAUGGGUACGGAUGAGCACAUCAACACUAAACCUCAACUGCCCCCUAAACCCCAGGUAAGAAGGGGGAAAUGGCACAGAGCCACAGAAGUCAUUCAGAAGAAGGACGCGGAGGAGGCAGGAUGUCAAAUUUGGGCCAAGCAAAGUUCUAUGCCUGUGGGAAUAAGCAGCAGGCAUGUGUCCCAAUGGCCAGAGAAUGAGAAGGGCUUGGAAUCCCCAUCACAGAACAAGCCAAUCCCCAAACCCCGGCGGCACAAACCUCCCCUGUCCCAGCCUGCCGAUGACAGCAAUCCAAAUGUUUCCAGUGAAGCCUCUUUAUGUGCCCCAGGCAGCAGUAACUCAAUGGACAAUUCCAGUAAGGCAGACUCAGUUCCCUCUGCCUGCCCUCGAUCCUGUCCUUGUAUGUGUCAUCAUGCCAGUAAACAUGGACCCGCCCAUGGCCCACAGCAUGAAGACAAUCACUCUGAAGCUUCAAUGGACAAAGAAUACCACAAUCUGCAUUUGGACAACCGGAACCUCACAGACUACAAAACAAACCAAAGAGUCCCCCCUAAUAUACCUGUACCUCCAAGACCCCUACCCAAAGAGCCUCGGCAGAUCAUUAUAACAGACGUAGGUGAAACUACUGACCCUAACAUUAAGGAGGGGGUUUAUGUAGACAUUGACAGAGACCCACAAAGUGACAAGUGUAAUCUUACAUCAGCAGACCGCCAAAUGGGAAAUAUGACUGCACCUAGCUGUACUGUGCAGUCGUUCCCUCCAAAGCCUGUUCCAGCUUUGAGGACAAUCAACAAAGAAAGGGUGACACCUCAGACGCAGACUAAACAUCGGGACACUGAGCGCCUUAGCUUGGACAAUUUGAGGAAUGAGCUAUGUCGUCUAUUGUCAACCGAAAACCAAGAAAACGGUGGAGACAUCAGUAAGCCCAGAACGAUGAAGAACAUGAUUGUCCAGUUUAUAUUCUCAAAAAGCUUGGCUCAGUCAUCCACCGAGCAGAGCAAGGCCUCACAGGCUCAACUCCCAUCACAAAACAAAACACACACCCAAGCAGACAAAACCACAGCAAUCCCAGCAGAGGAACCAGCAAGAAAAAAAGGGCAAAAGCAAUCACUAAUUCAGGACAAAACUCAACCAGUUGUGGAGCACAUGGUCAAACACUUAUUUGACAGUUCAGCUACUGAAUCCAUCCAAAUCCCAGAACAAUAUCAUGAACAAUCAACUGCUACGCUGCCCUCUAGUGCAUUGGAGGUCCAGGGGACAGGAAACUCUUCACAAGCAGAGUCUAAAGGGAAUGAGAAUAAUUCUCAAAGUGGGGUGCUGGAGAGCUUUUGGCAGGAACGCCUUGUUGUGAGAGACAGAGGGAUCCUAAUCCAGCUCACUAAGGAGGAGAUUCAGCUUCAGGAGAGUAUUUAUGAAGUGGCCACUUCUGAGCAGUCCUAUCUUGAUGGGUUGACUGUGGCUGUGGACCACUUCCAGGAGUGUCCAGCUCUGAAGUCAGCCAUUUCGCCCAGAGACCAAAAAUCACUGUUUUCUGGCAUCAGCAGGAUAAGAGAGAUCAGCCAAAACUUCAUGGAUGCAAUGGUGCAGAAGUUGGGAUCCAGUUUACUUUGUGAUGUCAUCUGUGAUGUUGUGCAUCAUUAUGCCACUGGCCCAUUUGGUGCUUAUGUGGAUUACAUCCGCAACAUGCCUUACCAGAAGCAAACUCUACUCAACCUGAGGAAGGAGAGCCCUCAGGUUGUGGAGGUUUUAACCAAACUGGAGGAUGACCCCCGCUGUAACCGUCUGCCCCUCUACUCCUUCCUAUGUCUACCAUUCCAGAGGAUUCCCCGCUUAAAGAUCUUAAUGGAGACGGUACUAAAGAGGACAGCUCCAGGGUCAGAUGUUCAGGCCUCUGCAGAGAGAGCUCUGAAGGAAAUCUCCAAGGUGGUGGAAGCGUGCAAUAGGGAAGUGGGCAAGAUGAAGCAGAUGGAGGAACUGGUGCUUAUUGCCAAUAAAGCAGAGUUUGAGUGCAAGGCCCUGCCUCUUGUGUCAUCUUCUCGCUGGCUGGUCAAAAAUGGGGACUUGGCUCAGCUCUCUCAGAAGGAGACCGUUUUUGGCCGGAAGAAACUCUACCCUGUCCAUCUGUUCCUCUUCAAUGAUCUUCUACUGGUGGCCACAAGGAAAGGGCCAGACAGGUACCUAGUGCACGAUCAUGUUCAUCGUUCUCUGGUUGAAGUCACUGAGGGUCCUGAGGUGGACGAGGACCUGGAUGGAUGCGACCUGAGCAGAGUUUUUCAGCUGGCUGUUGUAAAGAACCACAGGGGAACUUUGUCACAUUACUUACUACAGGCGUCAACGCAAGCAGAGAGAAACAGCUGGCUUGACGUGCUCAGAGGCCAGAGGGGUGAGGAGGACGGAGUGUAUGAAGAGUGGGACUGCCCUCAGGUGUGCUGUAUUGAGGUGUACCAUGCACAACAGCCAGGAGAGCUCAGUCUAAAGAGGGGGGACAUAAUCAACAUCAUCCAGAAAUCAACUGAUGGUUAUAUGGAGGGCCGGAGGCUUUAUGAUGGGGAGAGGGGGCGGUUCCCUGCUGCGUGUGUGGAGGAAAUCUCUACUGAGCAUGUACAGAGACGGCACCUUCGUGAGCGCUACCGCGUCCUACAGGCAGCCACUCGUUUGAUAAAGCGUUACAGUCCUCCCAAAGACUACCGGACCACACUUUGCUUCAAAUAAGAGACACUCAGUUCAGCAACUUUUUUUAAAAAUCAUUUUUAAACUCAUUGUUAAGAACCAUGGAAGCCAAAACUGUGACUGCUGUGUGAAAUGUACAGAGAUAUGAGCUGUGAAAGUAUUUCCUGAUGACCUCAGUGAAUCAUUUAUUGUGGUCUCGGUAAGAAUGAUGCUCUCUGAGGAAAGUUCAAUAUUGUUCCAACACUUCUCUUAUUACUGCACUGUUAAUGCAUACUGGUGGAUUUUCAUUUUGAAAGACAACUGUGCUUCCCAGCUCCAACCUUUAGUCAGUUGGACCUGCUCAUCUGUUUUUUUUUUUUUUUGAUGGAUACUGGAUUCUUUGUAAAUAAACACUUGUGGUAUGGAGGA